AUGCGUAUAUCAACAGUCAUUGUCGCACUCAGUGCGCCGCAUGCGCUGGCCUUCCCGUGGCUGACACCAGAUGGUAUGAAUGCUCUCCUCAAUCAUCCGGAGGCUCGCCAAGAGAUUGAUCGCCGCCUGGAGGAGUAUCGAUCAGGCAAAGCCAAGGAGCGCGAUCUGAUUGGUGGGAUUGUGGGCGGCUUGGGAUCUUUGCUUGGAGGAACGCUUCAAGCGGUGCUUGACAAUGUGCUUGGUCUCAUUCCUACGUCCGAAGCAGUCAAAGGGUUGCAAAGAUUCCCGCAGUCGGACCAUCCCUUCCAAGCGCCUGGUCCGACAGACCAGCGUGGACCUUGUCCCGGCUUGAAUACUCUUGCCAACCAUGGAUACAUUCCCCGUAGUGGUAUUGCUAGUAUUGGCCAGAUUAAUGCUGCUACAGCAAAGGUCUUCAACAUGGGAGCCGAUCUUUCGUCUCUGUUGGCAACUGGCGGUGCUCUUGAUGGUGGCGAUAUCCUGUCGCAAACCAUGAGCAUUGGUGGCCCUGAUAAUCGUGUUGGUCUCCUUGGAGGUGCCCUCAACAGAAUCUUUGGAACUCCCUCAGGUAUCGCCGGACACGGGAAAUUCAACGAGGGCGAUGCGUCUGCCACCCGCGACGACUUUUACUUGGAAGGCGACAAUAUCUCCUUCAAGCCGGAACUGUUCAAACAAAUGCAUCAGCAAGCUCUAGCCAGAGGAAACGGCACGUACAAUGUCGAUGCCAUCAAGGAGCACUUUAAGAAUCGGUACGCGGCAUCAAGAGCGGCCAACAGCCGGUUUUACUUCAACGUGCCCAGCGCUGCCGUGGUCAUGGGUGCAUACUAUUUCAUUCCUGGAUUCUUUUCAAACGGAACCAUUGGGCAGGGUGGUAUCGCCAACGAGGCAUCCAUCACAUCAUUUUACGGCGCGAAACCCGAUCGUGCGAAUGCGUGGCAGGAUCCAGAUCUCACAUACACUCAUAUACCGGAACGCAUCCCUGAGGUUGGGUGGUAUCGUCGUGCUACCCCAAUGACCAUUGUAGAAGCCGCCGGUGGGAUUCUUGACGUCUAUCUGUACGCACUGCCACCGUUGGGCGGCGCUGGUGCCGACCAAGGCUGGGUCUUGGGGCCACUAACUCUUCCCAGCACUCCGCAGGCCUUGUCUUGCUUCCUGUACAAUGCCAUAUUUGCCAACUUCCCGUCCGAGUUGUUCAACUCGGUGUCCUUGCUGCAGUCGCUCGUCAAUUCUGUCGUUGGCCUACUGGCUCCUGGUUUCCAGGCGCUGGGCUGUAACGUUAAUCUGCCAGAUGCGAAUGGCGCCUCGGCCGCGCAAUUCAAUGCUGCUGCGAAGCAGUUUGUUGGAUCUGCCAAGACCGAGGCUGUUGGCAGUGGCUGGUACAAUGGAACUUAA